AUGGCUUCCACAUGUAACCUGCAGUACUCCCUUCUCUUUUAUAUAUGUAUGUGUGUUUAUGAAUAUUCUCUAUAUCUCUCAAAGCAUUUCAAGCGGGUGUACAAGCUUGAAGCUCGCAUGGCCAUGGUGGUUACUCAAAAGGGUUUGAACCCAUACGCACCUGUGUUCAUCCCUAUGCUGACAACCUCUUCUCCCGAUCAUCACUCCUAUUCCUAUCCGCCAACUCCACAAACAUUCUUCUGCUACUACACUCCUUAUCUUCGAACCUUCUACACUAACUUCUGCUUCCCAACUACCCAUCCCUCUCUCUUCCUUGCACCGCCACAGAAAGACCUAGUGUCAGUUAUUGAACCGACAAUCUCUUUUGUCGCUGAGCCUACGGAGCAAGCUCAUGCCGCGCCUGCGAACUACCCCGAGGUGGAGAAAAAAGUGGUGGCUAAAAGAACGAGUCCGAAGAGGUAUAGGAAUCUGUCCUACGGCGGGCGAGGUGGUACUUGGUGGGAAAAGUGCGGUGAGGGUGAGAAUUUUUGUCGUAAAAGUGUGGAGAGUUUGAAAAAGUUUGCUUCAAAGGUUGAGCCUUUGAACAAGUUUGCGCGAGGCCGUUUUCGUGCCGAGGCUAAGAAGAAAAACUAUUCUUCUGUGCUACCUGUGGAGUAUGGUGUAAGAAAGACGACUAUUAUGAUCAGAAAUAUACCAAGCAAAUACACCCGUAACAUGUUGGUGGAGUUCCUGGACGAACAUUGCAUGUUGGAGAAUAAAAGGGUGAAGGAUGACAACUCGGAAGAACACAACUUUGUCUCUGCGUUUGAUUUCGUCUAUUUGCCUAUAGACUUCCGCACUGGCUGUAACAAAGGCUACGCAUUCGUUAACUUCACCGACCCACGGGCAGUGUGGAAGUUUUACCUCGCCGCUGACAGGCAGACAUGGGGACUUUUCCAUUCCAACAAGAUACGGGAGAUAGCCUAUGCUAGACUCCAGGGCGAGGAAUUGUUAAGGCACUUCGAGAGCAUGGGGUUUCCGUGUGAAUCGAAUCAAGUUUUACCCGUCUGCUUUAGCCCGCCCCGUGAUGGUUCGAGGGAGUUGGUGAAGGAAAGGAUUGUAGGAAGAUGUACCGGCAGCAUCAAGCCGCGGGCUCUCGCCAUCCAAAUCUAGCUGUGUUGGAUUUGGUGGCUCUGAUGAUGUGACAAGAAUCGAUCUUGUCUUUGCUACCAGCUCAUCAUCAUACUU